GAGAGCCUUGGGCGGCGGAGACAAGGGCGGGGGCGACGCUCGGCGGCCAAUGGAGCGCGGCGCUACCGCAAGGGCGGUGCAGGAACCCCGGCCGCUGACAGUCAAAGUCGCCAACUCCGCCCUCGGACCCGCGGGAUCCCGGAGCCAGAGCCCGAGCCCGAGCCCGAGCGGGGCCGAGGCCGCCCAAGGCGCGCUGCGAGCGAGCGAAUAUGGCAGCAGAAUGAGGAGCCUGGCGCCGGGUGGUGGCCGCCGUUGCGGUGCUGCUGCUCGCGAUCGGCGCCUGGUACACUACGAGCCUCAUCCUUAGUCGGCCUCCGGGUGGCCUCUGGGUUCCAUUCGUUACCAAGGACCUGGGGGAAAAGGAGAUCCGCAGCCCAGAGAGGGUGGUGAAGCGGGAGCGCCACCCGGGAGAGAGAUUCUGUGGGAAUGAGCCGGCCAUGGGGCGGCCUCGGCGGGGCGCACGGAGCCGGCAGGCGCUGCCGCGGGAGCGCAGCCUGAGCCCGGGCUCCACGGGGCUUUGGGGCCUCGUGCGUCCUGGCGGAGUCCCUGCCGCUGUCUCCGGGAAGGACACGAGCCCGGAGUGGCGUGUACUGCAGCAGUCACGGCUCUGAGGCUCUCGGAGCCUGCAGGGUCUGUGGUUCCGUGCGCUGUCACGCCGCCGCACGCGGGCGCCUUGCCCGGGGCUCCGCGGCUGGCGCAGCGCAGCGAGGUCGGCUGCCGGAAUCGGGGACUGCGGGACUGGCUGGAGAAGCGUGCGCGCCUGAGUGUUCGACUGGAGAUCCCGGCAGAAGCAGAACCGGGCGGACCUGAGCAGCCAUGCUUCCCGGGGUGGGCGUGUUCGGCACUAGCCUCACGGCCCGAGUCAUCAUCCCGCUGCUGAAAGAUGAGGGCUUCGCGGUGAAGGCGCUGUGGGGCCGCACGCAGGAAGAAGCCGAGGAGCUGGCCAAGGAGAUGAGCGUUCCUUUUUACACCAGCCGCAUCGACGAGGUGCUGCUGCACCAGGAUGUGGACUUGGUGUGCAUCAACCUGCCGCCGCCGCUCACUAGGCAGAUCGCUGUCAAAACCCUGGGGAUCGGCAAGAAUGUCAUCUGUGACCGCACCGCCACGCCGCUGGACGCCUUCCGCAUGAUGUCAGCUGCCCACUACUACCCCAAGCUCAUGAGCAUCAUGGGCAACGUGCUGCGCUUCCUGCCAGCCUUUGUACGCAUGAAACAGCUGAUUGAGGAGGGCUACGUGGGUGAGCUGCUGGUGUGCGAGGUGCAGGUGCAUAGCGGUAGUCUGCUGGGCAAGAAAUACAACUGGAGCUGCGAUGACCUGAUGGGUGGCGGCGGCCUGCACUCCGUGGGCACCUACAUCAUCGACUUGCUCACCUUCCUCACGGGCCAGAAGGCUGUCAAGGUCCACGGGCUACUCAAGACCUUUGUCAAGCAGACGGACCACAUCAAGGGCAUCCGUCAGAUCACCAGCGAUGACUUCUGCACCUUCCAGAUGGUGCUGGAGGGUGGAGUGUGCUGCACCGUUACCCUGAACUUCAACGUGCCUGGAGAGUUCAAGCAGGACGUGACCGUGGUGGGCUCCGCUGGGCGACUCCUGGCAGUGGGUACUGACCUCUAUGGACAGCGCAAUAGUGCCCUCGAGCAGGAGCUGCUGCUUCAGGACACUACCUCCGUGAGCAACUCCCUGCUGCCUGAGAAGGCAUUCAGCGACAUCCCCUCGCCCUACCUGCGGGGCACUAUGAAGAUGAUGCAGGCAGUGCGCCAGGCCUUCCAGGAUCAAGAUGACCGGCGCACGUGGGACGGACGGCCUCUUACCAUGGCUGCCACCUUCGACGACUGCCUGUACGCUCUUUGCGUGGUAGACACCAUCAAGAGGUCCAGCCAGACUGGAGAGUGGCAGAACAUUGCUAUCAUGACCGAGGAGCCAGAGCUGAGCCCCGCCUACCUGAUCAGUGAGGCCAUGCGCAGAAGCAGGAUGUCCCUUUACUGUUAGCACACUGGGACCAGGUGGACUCGACCUGCUGCGUGGGGCCAGUUGAGGGGAAAUGCACUGUGGAACGGUGGCCGUGGGUGGGGAUUAUGGAAGGGGCAGCAUGAAUGCACAGCACGGAAGGCGGUCCCCAUCCCAAGUAGAGGGUCCAAGUCUAAGGUGGUGGUGGGCCGAUGUCAUAUUCAGAAGGGCGUGCCAUCCUAAUUGGGUAUAUGAUGAGAGGAAGAAAGUUUAACUAGCACCUUUGCAGUCCAUUACUGUGAGAAGCAAGGAGGGGCUGUCCCCUGCCCUACCUCAUCCAUCCACAGACCUUGGCCUUCUUUGCAAGCCAAGGCUACAUAUCAGAUGGAGCUCAGCCAGAGCUAGGCUCUCUGUCAGCGCCCCCCACUGGCAGGAGAGGACACUUCAAAUGCCUACAUGGUUGUUGUUUUUGGUUUUUUUUUUUUUUUUUUUUUUGUGGAGGGAGGUAGAGGAGGUGGUGGGGCUUUUGAGAAAGUUGUAAUUCCGGGAAGCCACUGUGUGUUUUGCUGUAAGGAUCUGAAGGGAAAGUGCACAGCUCCCUAGGUUGCUCUGUCUUCUAGGAAACAUGAAGACAGCUAUCUGGCUUGUUGCUGUUAGUGUGGUAUAGUGUAAUGGAUGGCAAACGAGGUGUGGUAAGCUGUACCUCUGAGCUGACCUAGAUGACAAGCUACAUUGAGCUACAUCAGAGCCCUCCUUCAGCACUGGGGGGGGAGGGGGGGUGGGAACCAGUGUGAGUUGUGAUCAAGUAGUCCUGCCAAGAGGGUCUCUAGGAGGCAUGGACUUGACUGUAGCUGCCUGCCUGGGUGGGGGCGCCUGCAACCCUGGGUGUAGCAAUAUGAGCGCCCCAAAAGAAGGGAACACGAGGCCAGCCCCAGAGCUGCUGUAAGCUCCAACUGCCAAGCUGAAGAAAGACAUUUAGGACUCUGAGCUUCGUAGGCUUAAACAGGAAGCCUGUAGCUUCACCCCAUAGAGUCUCUUUCCCUUCCCUUUGGCCUUGGCUCUCAGGAUUUUGACAGCUGGAAACUUCUGCAUAGGUAUUAAAACAAAAAGCCAACAGGGAACAUACUUCUCAGUGUUUCUAAAAUAGGGAUUUAGAGCCUGGAGAGUCUGUGCAUAGGUGGAGAAGGUUCAAGUUGGGGGGGAAAACCUUAUCUUUUUCUUCCCCUCCUGGUUGCCUAGUCUUUUUACCCUCCAUUUGAAAGUAGAGAUUGCCAAGUACUAGCUUAUAAAUAGGCAGGGACAAAGCCUAUUGUCACAUAGAUAGACACACCUUUGCAGAUGUGUGCUAUCCACAAGUAUCACUAAGACAUUCGAGUCUAGUCUUGAAAGAAAGGUCAAGUCAUAUACAUUUUGAAAAUGGGGGUGUUGUAUUUUUCUUGGCUGGCUUUGUGAACCUUCACCAGGCAUGUGGCAGUUUUGAGGCUGGAUAUAUAGACUAGUCUGUUGUGGUAAAUCUCCAACCCCAAUAAGCCCGUGCAAGACCAGGGCAAUCCAGGGCAAUCCACAACACUUGUCACUCUAAGUAGUCGGCCUGAGUCCAGUCAGUGUUCCUCCCUGGGGCCCUGGUAAUUCACAGAGACAGUCGUAUUGGAGGCCACACACCAGCAGAAUCAUGGUCAUUUUCUAGCAUGAAGAGGCGGGUGUUGCCUUUUGAGGACCCCACCACCAUCAUACAAUGUGGUAAAGUCAGUCAGCUGAAACCUUCCAUGGUUUUGAUUGGUUGUCACCCCUCAUGAAGAACGUUCCAGGUUUGCAGUUAUCAAAUCAAAACAGCACUCUGCACACAACCUCAUCAUAGACUUUUUGGGGUCCCUGCUCUCCUAAAUUGCUCUCUGAGGCAGUAAUUCUGCCCUGUCCCCAGCUACUCUGAAAAGCUGUGGUUAAGGAUGAAAUGGGGGGGGGGGCAUGGUGGAUGGCUCUAUAAAGUUCAUCUUUCCAAGUCAUUUACCUGAGUAGAUAUGCUUGGGGUUACAUUUUUUUGUUUCUCUACUCUCCUCAGGAUAUUUGAGAGCUUUCCUUCUAGAGGCUUCUGAGCUCUGUGAUAAACAUGCAGGGUCAAAAAAAAAAAAAAAAAACAAAAAA